AUGGACGAUGGACGAUGGACGAUGGACGAUGGACGAUGGACGAUGGACGAUGGACGAUGGACGAUGGACGAUGGACGAUGGACGAUGGACGAUGGACGAUGGACGAUGGACGAUGGACGAUGGACGAUGGACGAUGGACGAUGGACGAUGGACGAUGGACGAUGGACGAUGGACGAUGGACGAUGGACGAUGGACGAUGGACGAUGGACGAUGGACGAUGGACGAUGGACGAUGGACGAUGGACGAUGGACGAUGGACGAUGGACGAUGGACGAUGGACGAUGGACGAUGGACGAUGGACGAUGGACGAUGGACGAUGGACGAUGGACGAUGGACGAUGGACGAUGGACGAUGGACGAUGGACGAUGGACGAUGGACGAUGGACGAUGGACGAUGGACGAUGGACGAUGGACGAUUGACGAUUGACGAUUGA